CUGGCUGUUCGCGGAGCGGCAGAGUGGCACGUGAGGCCCGCGGGGACCUGGGGGUGAGGAAACCCUUGGCGCGGGACUGCGGGGCUGACGGCGCUGGGGCCUCCUGUUGUCAGAUCUCACUCUUUUCCUACUGCCGCCGAGGUGGACCUGAUAAGGACGUUUGAAGAUCUCAUUUGAGUCCAGCUUAGUGGCCUUAGUGUGAAGCCUGACUGGAACCCUGGCUGCAGGCCCCUUCGGGAUGCUCUGGGCAUGGCCUCUGGAGCCCCGGAGCAGAGCAGCCAGAUGGCAGAGGAGACCCCCAGCUUCCUGGACGAGUUCCUCCGCGACUUCCCAGCCCCGCUCAGCCCAGAGAGCCCUUUGCCGUGGAAGGUCCCAGGAACAACACUGAGCCAGGAGGAGGUGGAGGGCGAGCUAGCCGAUCUGGCGGUGGGCUUCCUGAGCAGCAGGAAUGCUCCGCCACCACUUGCUUCAUCUCUGGCCCAGGAAGCAGUUUCCCAGCUGCUGCAAACAGACCUGUCUGAAUUCAGGACGUUGCCCAGGCAGGAGGAGGAAGACAACAAGGAAGUGGAGGAGGAGAAGGCCCCUGUGACCUUGCUGGACGCCGAGGGCCUGGCGCGGGGCUUCUUUAACCGGCUGUGGGAAGUAUGCAGCCAGUGGCAGAAGCAGGUGCCCUUGACCACCCGGGCUCCGCAGCGGCAGUGGCUGGUCUCCAUUCAUGCCAUCCGGAACACUCGCCGCAAGAUGGAGGACCGGCACGUGUGCCUUCCUGCCUUCAACCAGCUCUUCGGCCUGUCCGACCCCGUGGACCGUGCCUACUUUGCAGUGUUUGACGGUCACGGAGGAGUGGAUGCCGCGAGGUACGCUGCUGUGCACGUACACACCAACGCAGCUCGCCAGGCGGAGCUGCCCACGGACCCUGAGGGAGCCCUCAGAGAAGCUUUCCGGCGCACCGAUGAGAUGUUCCUCUGGAAAGCCAAGCGAGAGCGACUGCAGAGCGGAACCACAGGUGUGUGCGCACUCAUCACGGGAAAGACCCUGCACGUCGCCUGGCUCGGGGACUCCCAGGUUAUCCUGGUACAGCAGGGACAGGUGGUGAAGCUGAUGGAGCCACACAGACCCGAGCGACAGGACGAGAAGGAGCGCAUCGAAGCACUGGGUGGCUUCGUGUCUCACAUGGACUGCUGGAGAGUCAACGGGACCCUGGCCGUCUCCAGAGCCAUUGGGGAUGUCUUCCAGAAGCCCUACGUGUCCGGAGAGGCAGACGCGGCCUCCCGGGAGCUGACCGGCACAGAGGACUACCUGCUGCUGGCUUGUGAUGGCUUCUUUGAUGUAGUCCCUCACCAGGAGGUCGCUGGCCUUGUGCAGAGCCACCUGGUCAGGCAGCAGGGCUGUGGGCUGCAUGUCGCUGAAGAGCUGGUGGCUGCUGCCCGGGAGCGGGGCUCCCAUGACAACAUCACAGUCAUGGUAGUCUUCCUCAGAGACCCCCAAGACCUGCUGGAGGGUGGGGCCCAGGGGGCCGGGGACUCCCAACGAGAAAGGAGAAGCCAGGACUUGCCCUCUGACCUCUCAGAGCCAGAGAAGAACACUCCAUGGAGAAGCUAGGAGGCCCAGGCCCCCAGUGGUCCCCACCCUGUGACCCUACCCCUCAGAUGUCUUAGGACCCAACAGGUAGCGGUGGGCAGGCGGGCACCACCCUAGCAGUGCUUUCCCCUGGGAUUCCUGAGCCCUUGUGCUGCUUGCGUCGGCCCGUCCUGACCACUGUGGAACUGCACGGGACGGUGGGUGUCACACCUCGCUCAUGACAGGCAGUAGAACAAAGGAAGCCUCACCAAAACGAAGAUGACCUGGGAACUGUACUGGCUCUUGCUCCCCAAGGGGCAGAGGUGGAACCAGAGGCCACAGUCACUGACUACAGUCAGACCAAAGACACUGGGCCUGUGCGUGGGGCAGCGGGACGCUGUGUGUGGGCCCUUCGGCAGACCCAGGAGCCACAGGCAUUUACAAGCACGUCCCAGGCGCCCAGCGCAGGUUUCUCAUCAUUCCUCGUAGGCCACAGCUGGGAGGGUGUGUGUCCGCAGACACGCCCGGGGGGCCUGGCUGGCAGAGCUCACCUCCCAAACGGGAGGAUCUGGGAUUGGGUCUGCAGCUGUCCCUGGCCUGCAUCAUGGUAGCCGUGACGUGUGGCCCUGGCCUCGUUAGCCCUGCUCAUCCCCCACACACCCAGGGAGGGGGAGGUCAGAGAUGCUGCACUUGUCUGUUGUGUUUUUCUCCCCCCUCCCCAGGAGAAGUCCAAUUGGAAGCAGUAUUUCAGGUUUGUCUUUGCUCUGUCAGUGCCAAGGUGACCUGUUGUGUCUAAUAACUUAAGCAGAGCUUAGCAUUUAUUUUAUUCCUUAGAAAACUUAACAUUGAUAUUUUUUAGAGGAAACUUCUUUUGCAGUAUUACUGAUUUUUUUUUUCCUUAAAUCAAGAUCGAAACAAAAACAUUUCCAGGUAGUGUUAAUAAGCCAUUCAAGUGCCUUAAACAGUUGUAGGAAAGGCUAGAUCUGCCAGGCCUGGGGUGGGUUCUGAUAGGCAUGUUUAAGUUUCCCCAAAAGCAGGAGUGAUUUUGUUGCAGUGGAUGGUUUAGGCUAGAAUUCUUCCUGGAAUUCUUUCUGACUCUGUGAUGUGCCACUGGCAGCGAAGCGGUUGGUCCCUAAGAAUGUGGGCUGUGCAGCGUGGCCCAGGCCAGACCGCAAGUUCCGGGAGUUCAGCGUGACCGUGGUCCCUGUCAUCCAUCCUUCCUUGGCCCUGCCACUUGGUACCUGGCUGGACUCCAGGCUGAGAGUUUGAGCUCCAUGAGCAGGCAGGUCCUUGCUGCUGUUUGGAAUGUUCCAGAAUGUCUUGUAUGUUGAUAGUUGGAUUGGUUUCAUUCAGAGACACAUCUGAGAGGCUCUGGCAAGUCUGAUGGAGCCUGUGGGUCUGCUUGGAGGCCGCGGGAGCGCAGCCUGGAGUCUGUCCCACUCGCCGAGCCCCUGCCCCGCGCUCUGCCAAUAGCUGGCAGCCUCCACUGCCUUGCUCUGUCUGCACCAACCCUUGCCCGCCUGUGUGAGAGCUCAUUCGUGUCCCCUACUGCCCUGGGAAGGUGAAGCUCCCAUCAAGUAGGGUGAUACAGCUGCUGUGUGGAAUAAGAAGUGGCAGAGGCAGGUGAGGGCCCCAGGUAGGACCCAGGCUUGCCACGUAGGCCGGGCCACUGCAGGUCCAGGCCGGCAGUCUGGGAAGGAUGGUGGGUGGCUAAGUGACCUCUCAGAGCCAGAGAAGACCUCAGCAGAAUGUUGGCGAGGGUGGCGGGGGCGCAGCACAGGCAGGGCCCCAGAAAGGUCUGCACAGGGAGCCCCCUGCUCCCAGCAGCACUGAGGGGAGGAAGGGAAGGAGCCAUGGGGGGCGCCGGCUGUAGGCUGACUUUACCCCUCCCCUACAGCAGGAUGAAGACACCGAGGCCCUCUGGUCAAUGCCUUGCUUAGGGCCUCGUGAUAAAAAGCAUCCUAAACAUGAUCACUGCAAUUCAGAGAAUGUUUGGCAGCUGACAUGACCAUGUGUUACCCCAUUUAACUUGAAGGCCCCGCUGCCUCCUGGGGGCCAGAAGCCCCUUUGUUGGCCCCUCCCAGCACAAGGCGGGCUGCAGGCUGGGUGUGGCCCCACCCUUCACUACCAGCCUGGCAUCCUGAGGGCAUGACCGUAGUGGAAGGAGGGAGCAAUGGCUUGUUUUUCUCUUCUUUGCUAAUUUUAUUCCAUUGAUUGCUGCCAAGAGAGAAGCGUCACUGCGUGGGGUCUGGAUUACACCACUUGAUGUCUGAUUUGUGUCCUGGCCUGAGGCCUCACCAGGACAUUUCUCCAGGCUUGUCCUGCUGCCUCUGCAACCCUGCACCAGGCUGCUGGGGUCAAAGCCCCCACCCCUCACCCCAGCAGAGGUCUUUGCUGUCUGCUGUGCGCCUAGGCACAGAGCAGGUCUUUUCCACCGUGGCUGGGCUGCAGGGGGAGCCACUGGGAGACCUUCAACCUCCGAGCACCCUGGUCCACUUCCUCUUCAGGCCACAGUCCCAGGAGGGCCCCUAGCCAAGACACUGGUCUGGAAACCUUGAUCCCCCUUCUCAAGCCCCAGUUUAUGUGACCUCACUAAGUCGUCGUGCCUCCCUGGGCCUCACUUUCCCCUUUUUAGGGCACAGUGUUGCACUGAGUCUGUGCAGCAGCUCCUGGAAUACUGGAGGUGCAGGGGGGCCCUUGGGGCGAGCCCAGCACAUCCUGGAGAAGCUGCCAGUGCUGAGGGCCCUUCCCCCACCGCCAGCAGGGAGGGGGUGAUUAAGUAUUACUAGAGUCUAUUCUUAAAACUAAGUGGGUUGGAAAAGAAUGAGCUACUGAUGCCAGCCAGCGCUUUAUGUGGAAUACAAAAGCUGGAGAAUUCUAGCCCCGCUUUUACAGGUAGAGCUGAUCCCAAGCCAGCAGGGGUGGGAGAGACAGUCAGCUGAGAUGGGAGGGCCUGGGAGAAGGGCAGGCACAGCUGGGCUCCCCAGGGCAGCUGGUCAAGCUACCAACCUGCAGAAAUCCUGAGGUGAACACGUGGCUUCUCCAGCCCAGCUUGUCCUCAGCACCCAGGGCUAAGAAGUGGGUGCAUUUUAGGGAGGUAGCAAUAGGAUGCGGGGCCCCAGGGAGAAGCACGGGCUUGCUGAGGUCCUGGAUUAGCUUUUGGCCACAGUCCUGUCCCCCCCCCACCCCCGGUCCUCCCCAAGUCCACUUGUAGUCCUGGCCUCACCCCUUCCCCAGCUACCUCAGCAGUAUUCCUGGGGCUGCGGGCUCGGCUCUGAUGACUCCCAGGCCCAGCCUCCACACCAGCUAUACCGAAGCCGGGUGGGCUUGUGCAGAGUGAGCUGUUCAGUUUGAUUCUGCCCGUAACCCAAAGCGGCCGCCCCUGGGGCCUUUGCUUCUCUAAGGCUCCACAGCUUUGCCAAAUUUGCCGAGCUUUGCCAUUCACACGCUGUGCCACCCUUGCCAAAGGUUUAUCUGUGCACGUUUUGUGAGGUUCUGUGGGGGACGGGGUGUCUUUUCUAAGACAGGAUGGUUGUUUACCCUGACAUGUCUCAGAAAAGGAUGUCUCCUUCCAGGGCUGCUGUGUCAAUAAACCACAAGUU